AUGUCAAGUACUACUGCAGUUGCCUCCAAUACAAUAGUCCACCAAGUUCUUGAUUAUCUUGACCAGCAGAACUAUCAAGAUUGGAGUUCUCGGAUGGAGACUUACUUAUCAGCUGAAGAUUUGUGGGAUGUCGUCACAAGUGAAUCUCCUGUACCAAGAGAUGGGGAACCUGAUGAUGAGUACAAGGGUUGGAUGAAGAAAAAUGCCAAAGCUUUACAUGCUAUUAAAGUUUCUUGCGGGGCUCAAGUGUUCUCUACUAUCAGGGAAGCUCGAACGGCCAAGAAAGCCUGGGAUGAUUUGGAGAAAAAGUACAAAUCGAACGUCGAUGAACAACAGCAAGAGCAGGAGGAAUUGUUGGAGAUAAUAGAGCCUGAAGGUAACUCCAGCUAUGAUAGUUUCUUUGAAUUUGUGGAUGCUGGUGAUUGCGACAAUGUAAACAAGUGUCUUGCAACACCGCCUGGCGAUACUAAUGCACUAAAAGCCAGAGAUCUGGAGAACGGAUAUACGCCUCUUCAUUGUGCAGCUAGGAAGGGGCAUUUAAGUAUUGUGGAAAAAUUCCUUGAGCUGGUAACACCAGAUGAUAUGAAAAUAAGAGACAUGUAUGGUUAUACAGCUCUUCAAGUAGCAGUAGACAACGGACAUCUGGAAAUUGUGAAAAAGAUGUUGCUCAAGAUGAGUCGAGAAGAUUUGGGGAUUACAAACACAAAGGGUGCUACCGUUCUUCACACGGCAGCCAAACUAGGGAAUGUGCAAAUUGUGAAAGAGUUGGUUACUAAAAUGAUAAUAGAAGAUCUGGAAACACAGAAUAAAAGAGGUUACACAGCUUUAGGUUAUGCCUUGGUUGCACGCAACGUGGGUGAAGACAAGUGCAGUGAAGCAGACAUCAUCAAAAUGGCUAAAUUUAUGGUCGAAAAGAACCCGAAAAUACUAACAAUCUCUCUUGGUUCCAAAUUAAUUCCAGUUGUGGAGGCUUGUAAGGAGUUUAAAUGGGAUGUGGUCCGUUAUCUCUGUUCCGUUACUCCACGCGAGGCUAUACAGCCUCCGGAGAACGCAUCUCAGGGUGCUACGCUCCUUUGCUGUUGUUUAGAACAGCAAAAGUUUGAUAUUGCGAGCGAUUUGCUUUCACGCUGGCCAGCCCUGGCCGAUGUUGCCGAUUUACGUGGAGAAGGAGACGAUUCUCCUAUCUUACUUUUGUCUCGUAUGCGUCCUGUAUUCAUGAGGGAUAUGCAACUGAGAUUUUGGCAAAAGUGGUACUAUGACUGGAUAAGCAGACCGGUCGAUUCUAAGAAUCCUGAUGGUACUAAAAUUGUUCCCGCAAAUGUUUCAAACUCAAAAAAUGAUCAACGCAAGCAUGCGGAUGUCAUUAGCUCUCCUUCAAGUAUACAACCUCAGGCUGAUUCUAACCCUGAUCAAGUUUCAAUAGAUGUUCCAAACUUGGAAAUUAAUCCAGGCAGUAAGGACCCUGUCCUUAGCUCAGUCAUAUGCUUACCACCACCGGCUGAUUCUGAUGUUAGACAAGGUAGUUAUGCGCAUCUCAGCCCAGUAAUGUUAUUCAAAAGGCUCAAGAAUCGUCUAUGUCAACUUACUGGAAUCAAUCGUAUACGUAAAAUAAAGUCUGUCCAUGAUCAAAUCGUUGAAUGUAUAUGCUUUAUUGGCAAAGAGUCUGAGAACCUUAAUGACGAGAUGGUCAGUAAGUCGAUAUUUGAAGCAAUAAAACAAGGAGAUGUGGACUUCGUUACUCACAUGUGUAAUGAAAAUCGCCAGCUUAUUGAUGUGUACGAUGAAGAAGGAAAAACCAUAUUUCAUAUGGCCAUUGAAUGUCGUCAGGAAGAAGUUUUUAAUCUUUUAUUUGGUCUCAGCGAAGAAAUGAUAAAUGAGUUUGGACGGACUACUGUUGUGGGUACUAAAAAUAGCAUGUUACACAGUGCAGGAACUAGACCUCCACUUUCAUCGUUUAAUCAUAUUCAAGGUGCCAGUUUACAAAUACAAAGAGAACUACAAUGGUUUAAGGAAGUGGAGAAGGUUGUACCUCCGGGAAUGUACGAAUGCCGAAAUACAACAGAUAAGUUGACAGCUCGCGAACUAUUUCAUUCCAAUCACGAGAAAUUGAUGGAUGAAGCUGAAAAAUCAAUGAAAGGGACGGCAUCUUCUUGUACAGUUGUGGGAUCUCUCAUUAUAACCAUGAUGUUUGCAGCAGCAUUUACAACUCCCGGUGGAAACGAUAGUAACUCAGGCAUUCCCGUAUUCGUAUCAGACGGAUUAUUCAUGUUCUAUAUAAUUGCGGAUGCUGUGUCACUAGUAACAUCCACAACUUCUGUCCUUAUAUUUUUGGGAAUUCUCACGUCACGUUAUGCAGAAAAGGAUUUUCUGAUAAAUUUGCCCACAAAGAUGAUGAUAGGACUUUUCGCCCUCUUUGUCUCUAUUGCCACCAUGAUGAUGACAUUUUAUAGUGGCCUUGUCAUGAUGCUUCGUGGACAAUAUUCAUGGGUCGUUACUCCUACCAUAGUGGUUGCUAGUAUUCCAGUCUUCUCAUUUGCGUGGAUGCUCUCUCCCCUCCUUGUUCAGACUUUCAUAUCGACUUAUGGACGUGGAAUAUUUAGGAGGAAAGUCAAGUGCCAGCAAUGGUUGCAGAAAGAGAAGCUUUUAUGAAUUCUAUUGAUACUAAUAAUAAGCAGUAUGCAAUGAAAGAUUUCAGAGAUAAAGAUAGUUCUGCAGCUCUUCCUUCCUAUCCCUGUACAGGUAUGUGUUUGAUUCAAAACCACGCUUCGAAUCAGUUCAGGCCAGUGAUGACGAUCAACUCCAGUAGGUUGUCAUACUAGUGUCCUCUAGUGAUCAUCUUUCGAUGGAUCUGUUUAUUGAUUGUGGUAUU